GUGUGACAUCAUUGCUAGCGGUCUUACCAAUCAGAGCGUAGAACGCUGGCUGCUACUUACAUAUUAAUGAGAAAAUGGCUCCCUGUUUUUCAGGAGAGAAUACGUGUUACGAGUUUCUUUUUCCGCGGAUUUUCUGACGUUCGUCGCCAAUUUUUGGCACGCUAUGAUAACGCUACUGUUGAUACUCUACUGGAGACAACAGAUGAGUGAUCAUUUUACAAUCGACGAGAAUUUUUGUGGAAUGAAACGGCAGUGAAAGCUACGAUGCAGCAAGUUAUUUUGUUAACAAACUAUUUGUCAACGUCUCGUAAUUGAAAGAAAAGAGGCGUUUUGUUUUAUUUUUUGACGUGAUCUUACCUGGUAAUUUGUAGUGGGAAUGUUUCCAGUACGUGAGAAGUGGGAAGGUGGCGCCUUGAGAUGCCCCUCCACUAGAGCUUGGUCUUCUUGAGAUCAGUGAAGAUGAUCUGACCCCACAGCAAAGGCAGAUGUUACGUGAAAGAGCAGCAGAAACAGGAGGCAACAUAACUGCUGAAAUAGCUCUAGAAAUUGCAGCUGCUGACAAGUUAGAACCUGCCAAGGUCCAGAUUGGAGUUGUUGGUGAUGCAGGGGCAGGGAAGAGCACCUUUAUCAACUCGUUCCGCAGGCUGUCACCGGGGGAUGUGGGGGCUGCUGAAGUGUCUGCAAUUGGACACACCACAAUUCAGCCAACACCUUAUGAUGUCCCUGAGAAAGACCUUGUUCUUGUUGACUUCCCUGGUGUGUUAUUCAAGCCCAAAAUGGAUGCCAUCCCUCAUAAGCCUCAACAGGUUGACUUCAACAUAAACAGUUAUCUUGAUCUCUUUGGAAAGAACAUGCAGGAGUGUGACUUCUUCCUCAUUUUUGUAACUAAUCGCCCGAGCAACAACGUGGUCUGGAUUGCCAAAGAAGUGCGCAAGAUGGGGAAACGGCUACUGUUUGUCAGAUCACAGGCAGAUGUCGACAUUGAAAAGGCAAGGCGGGACAGCCCCAAAGACUUUCCAAAGAGUAUUGACAGAAAAAUUUCGGAGAAACGAAUGAUGGAAAGGUUCAGACAGUCAACAAAGGAAACCUUGGAAGAUAUUGGGUAUGGAAAAGUGGAUGAUGGUGAUAUUUUCAUCAUUAGCGGACUGAAAGAUCAUGUACACCGUGGUCUUUAUGACAUGAAGGGACUCAACUCAGCAAUGCUCAACUGCCUUCCAACCUGCAAGCAAGAGGUUCUGAUAAGGAACAUCCAAGACUUUUCUGCAGAUACAGUGACACAGAAAGCAGUGGUGAUGAGGAAAAGAACAUGGGCAUUAGCAGCAUGGGCAGCAGCAGUCAGUGCAGCACCUGUUCCUGCCCUAGGUGUGGCAUUAGACAUUGCGGCACUGUUUGUAGCAUACAAGGCACUGCGCAGAGCUUUUAACAUUGAUGAUGCAUCUCUUGAGCAGUUGGCCAACAUUUGUAACAAAUCAGCUUUCACCUUGAUGAGGUUUCGCAACCAGAAUUCGACACUGUGGAAUGCUAUCAAGAACAGCAGUGGUCCUGUGGCACUACGAAAUCUUGCUGCUGCUGCUGCAUCUUCUGUCACAAUUGCUAGCCUAUUAGUAACAAGUGUUACUGCAAAGAUAGCACUUCCAAUCAUCGGUGGCAUCAUUGCUGCUCCGGCUUCCUUUGCUCUGAUAGUGCUCCUCGUACGAAAGUUCAUCGAGGAGAUGGAGAUGUGUGCAACCAAGCUGUUCAAGUUCGCUUUCAGCGAGGAUGUUGGGCCUGCCGACAUUGGCAUUGUAGGAGAUGGAAAUGCUGGAGAGACAUCCUUCAUCAAGUACUUCGGCAGCUUGCUUCAAGAGGAGGAGGGAGAUCAAAGUAAACCCAUCACAAAAACCAGAUUUCACACAACAUUAGACAAUGUUGUACUUGUGGAACUCCCUCCUCCUCAUGUGAAAAAGAAGCUGUUUCGAAGAACCUUCGAUGAAGAGGCAUACAUGAAGAGCUUUGCUGAUGACAUGAGAGCAUGCAGUGUGCUCUUGGUGUUCAUUGGAAAACCCAUCAGCGAAGGACUGCUCACAAUUGCAAGAAAGGCUAAAGAGAUGGAGCUGGACGUUCUGUUCAUAAGGACAUGUCUGGAUGAAGACGAACUCAUGUAUAUUGACAGCAUUCGAAAGGAAGCCCAUAAAGACCUCAAAGCCAACAUUGAUGACAUCGCCAUAACUGACAUCUUUGUGGUCGAUGUCCAAUACGACAGUAUAGUUGAAGACAAAUGGGACAUCAGCUUUCUCAGGACAGCAAUCCUCCAUGCCAUUGACAAGAUUGACAUGACUGACAGAAACUUGAUGCUUUUGGAAAAGCAGGAAGAUAUGCCUAUAAUUGCACUGAAGGAGGGUAAGAGCGGCAGACCAAGUGAUGACAUACUGAGGGCACUCAAUGGAUGCACAGGGACCAUCAAACCAACCUUACCAGACUGGAAGACAGCAGUCAUCUCUAUUCAACUCGGGGUGAUUGGUGAUGCAGAGGAAGAUGCUGACAUCACAACAUUCAGCCAAUCCCUUCUUGGACUUGACAACCUGAGGAGACCAGCACAGGCUAGUGACCCUGCCCAAGCAACAGUGUACCGCAACCCAGGCCACCCAUGCAACAUCUCUGUGGUCCACUUUCCACCUGCCUCACUUUCUCCUGGACAAAGCGGAGCCCUGUAUGUUUCCCGGUAUAUGGAAUUCCAUGGAGACAAGAUGAAGGACUGUGACCUGUUUUUGGUCUUCUGCCAAGACAAAGUGACUGAGGAGGCAGCUUGGGUGGCCAGCAAGGCUAUGGAGAUGAGUAAGAAGGUGCUUCUUGUUGGAUCAAAACAUGACCAUACAGCUGCUCUAGGGGCUGCUGCUGCUCUUCCAGCUGAGGACACAGAGAACAGGGAACUCUGCCACAAGCUAACAAAGCAGCUUCAGCAACAUCUGCACAAUGCAGGCAGCACUGAGGUGAUGGGUACAAACAGCACCUUCAUCAUCAGUGAUGAAGCUGAUGAUAUGCUGAUGGGUAAGCUUGACAUGGUCCGACUGAAGACAGCCAUCCUGUCUCGGCUCAAUGACUUACAGCGACAGGCAUUUGUGAUCUGCUGCCCAGACUUGUCCCCUGACUUUGUGAGUAAAAAGGCAGGUGUUCUGAAGAAGCUGGCAUGGGUCCAGGCUGUAGAUGCCAUGGAUGUCAACCAGGGACCUGGUCUGUUGGUCGAAACACCAGUCAAGAUAGAAAUAGUCCGUGAAGCCUGCGAGCUGUCCCAAAAGUGUUUUGGGCUGGAUGAAGCGUCUCUCACCAAGAUAGCAGCAGUAUCUGGUACAGACGUACAAGAACUGAAGAUCUUUGCACAAAGAAAUCUUCCCAUGUGCACAAAGCUGUUGUCAGAAGACACAGACCCCACCCCUCCUGACAACAUCCGUACCUUAGCAAGUCUGCUGUCAGAAAACAGCAGCACCCUCCUGACCCUGGGGCUGGCAAAUUGGGCCUUCUCAACCACAGUUUCUAUCACAGGGUUUGGUGGAAAAGCACUGAAUGUUGUUGCUUACUUUCUGUGUAAGAUGAUUGAUGAACAAGCAGAGUGUGCAAAGGAACUACACAACUUUGCCUUUCACAAAUGAAGACCUGGGGGGUUUUGAAUGCAUGUGCUAUAUAUAAUGUUCAUACUUGAAUUCUACAUGCUCCAAAGCACAUACAUGCAUGACUUUGUAUGCCCCCUUCAAUGUGUAAGGCAAAGCUACCAGUACGAGAACUCCUUGAUUGUGUACUGGUCUGUCGUACCAUACCAUGUAUUCAUCUUGUUGAGUUAUGCAGUAACCAAGAAAAAUUCAGAUAAAUUUUCAAGCACCCAGAUCAUCAGAGGUUUAUAAGAACUAACUGUCAGAGCUUUGUAGAGAAGGCUACACAUGUAU